AUGUCUACUCACUUUACUCCAAUUAAGCCAGCACCAGCUUCUUUUGAAGCUUGCUCUCACAACAAUAAUCCGCCUCAUCCGCCAUACCAUAUGUUCGACCUUUCAACGAUUAAUUUAAUCGAAAAUCUUACAGUCUAUGAACGUAAUCUUUUACUCAGGCCGCCUUAUGUAAUGACAAUACCUCUUGACAACCUCCUCAAUCCUCGGAAAAGCCGCUCUAGAACAAACUCACCUCCUCGUCCACAAAACGCGUGGGUUAUUUUUCGCAAAGAUUUUGAAAACCGAUUACGGACUCAAUAUUCCAAUUUACCACAUUCCGUUAAUAAAAUCUCAAAAAUGGCCAGCAAACAUUGGUCAAAAUUGCCUCGAGUUGUCAAACAAUAUUUUGAGGUUCUUUCCAAGUUGGCUCUACUACGACAUAAAGCUGCUUUUCCUGGUUAUAGGUACAGGCCAAAAGGUAAACAGCAGCAGAGUGAGGUCUGGGUGUUCAAAAAUAUAAAUAAAAGUGCAUUCGUUGCCGAUGGAAACAAUCACAAGAUUACUUACGGAAACCACGGAAAUGAUAAUCGCUUGGAUAAACCCGCUAUUAUUGGACAGCAACAAAAUCUGUGUCUGGAAAGCAACGCAAAUUUGCACAACAGUAUUAAUGGAGAUGUCGAAUGCGACAGAAUAUUUGUUGACACUGGAUUUAAAGACGUAUUGCAAGACGAAGCAAGCGACUGUAAUACGAUACAUCCAACGAUUUAUUCAGAGCACUUUUGUAAUGCCAACCACUUUUGUUUUGCAACCUCCCAAAGGCCUGCUCAAAUGCCUCCUUUUUACUCAUUACCUGACGACAUAAACAUUAUGGGUUUGAACGGCAAACUGAUAUGA